GUGCAAUAUCUGCAGAACUGUCGCAUAAAGAUAAAGGAAGAUACAAACAGGCGCUUCCUAUAGGCUGCUGUAGACCUACCUUUACACCUAACUCGGCACCCACUGGGUAUGCAGACCUCACCUUUCCUCGGGAUGUAUGCAGUGACAAGAAAGCGAAGUGGCCUAGUAAAUAUUACUUGGGCCCUAGUAAAUAUUCCCUUGGGCCACUUACAGAGACCAUACAAGUCCCACCCUCUCAGUGCACCCCAAAUGCAUUUAGAGCACAGGAUAUUGAGGGGCGUGAAAUGCCAUCAUAUUGA